AAGUCCCUGAACUCUCCCACAGGAUGCAGGAUUAUCUGCUUUAUCUGCUUUAUAGUCUGGUUGACAAUUUACCACUUGCCUUCACAUAUUUUUCUUACCAUCUUUCUGGUUUCACAUACUGAAGGAACCACCUCCCCCUUCUCAGAAAAACCAAACUCAUUUUUCUAUUGUACCCCCUAAAAAGUUACUUGAAGGAGUGGUACAAGGAUCCCUUAAAACCUUAUGUAGGCAGCCAUCAAAAGCAAAGUAGUGCCCCGAGGAAGGAAAAUAGUGACUCCCUAUGGACUCUGGGGCAGUAACUCAGCUCCAGAUGGACCUACCCCUCUUUCUCUCCUUUUUACCUUUUAAAUGUGUGGUUUGCUAAAAGCCUUUUGAUGAUGUAAAAAAAAAAUUUGGACUUGCAGGAAUAAAACAACCAACAGCACAGUGAAAUAGUAAGAGAGUCCUGACCUUCCAAAGAACACUCACAUUCGGUUGGAAGAGGGAGGAACGUAGGAAGUGUACGUGUUCAACAUGAGAAGAGUUUCCAGGAAAGUAUAAUUUUUUAAUUUUUUUUUUUUAACUGGCAAGUCAUAAUGAAAGUGCAACUGACUUCCAGAUGAGGGUGUGGUGCUUGAAGACAAAAUGCAAUGUGUCAGACCAAUUCAGACCACUCCACCGAAGCACAUCUCAAUUGCAGUACCUGCUACUCAUCUGCUGACAAAAUAAGCUUUGCCAUAGGCUGAGAUAUGAAUAACUCAACUGAUUACUGGACUGGGGAUGAGGAGGACGAUCUCAACCAUGUUAUAGAUUACACUUCAUAUGAACUUCUCUGUGAAAAAAGCGAUGUGAGAAAUUUCACCAAAUUAUUCCUUCCUGCGUUCUAUGCACUGGCCUUCACCGUGGGAGUCGCUGGAAAUUCAUUAGUGGUUGCAAUUUACGCCUACUGCAAGAAAUCGAAGACUAAGACAGAUGUGUACAUCAUGCACCUCGCCAUUGCCGAUUUGCUCCUGCUCUUCACCCUCCCUUUUUGGGCUGCGAAUGCAGUGCAGGGAUGGGAACUUGGAAACUCACUGUGCAAGCUCACUUCUUCUCUGUACACCAUGAAUUUCAGCUCCAGCAUGCUGUUCCUGGCCUGUAUCAGUGUUGAUAGAUAUAGGGCCACUUCUGAAUCCCGGGGCCGUAGAAGAAUUGGCAAACACUGCAGUGUUACCUGCAUCUGUGUCUGGCUGUCUGCCAUCUUCCUCAGUAUCCCUGAACUAGUAUUUAAUCAAGUCAAAAACCACAAUGACAGGAAUGAAUGCCUUCCUGUAUUUCCAAUGAACAUGGAAACACUCUUAAAAUCAACCAUUCAAAUCCUGGAAAUUAUCCUGGAAUUUCUGCUUCCUUUCCUAGUAAUGCUGAUCUGCUAUUCCGCCACUGCUUGGGCAAUCUUUAGAUCUGCAAAUGUUAAAAAGUCUAGACCUUUCAUGGUUCUGCUGGCAGUAGUGGCUACUUUCAUAAUCACUCAGCUACCUUACAACAUUGUGAAGUUCUGGCGAGCCAUAGAUAUCAUCUAUAUGUUGAUCACUGACUGCAACACAAGUAAAACCAUAGAUGUUGCACUCCAGGUCACCAAGAGCAUAGCUUUGUUUCACACCUGCCUGAACCCUAUUCUCUAUGCCUUUCUGGGUGCUUCUUUCAAAAUGCAUAUUAUGAAAAUUGCAAAAAAUUAUGGGUACUGGAGAAGACAACAGCAGAAUGGAAGACCUGAAGAAAUUUCUAUGAAUUAUGACGAUCAGACAGAAGAAACAAUUAGUUUCACUAUAUAGACUCUCCAUUACUUUCAUCAUCUUAUAUAACCAAGGGAAUUGUUCACUAAUUCUAGGGGGGUAUUGUUUCAGCAGCUGUUUCUCUGCAGGUCAACUUUCAGAUGAAUUUUUGAACCUGUACACUAGCCAAUACACUACAGAGCAGUUCGAAGUGGAACGUGUUUAUCAGAAUUAAACAUCAUGCAAGAACUAGACACUGAAAUUUUGAGAAACAAUAGAGAUAUUUACUAAACAACAAAACCUCAAACAAACCCCACUACAACACAACCCAAACACCUAAAAAAGCCAAGAUUGAAAUUUUAACGUCUACUAGGCAAUUAAAUAGCUGUGUAAUGAACAAUCUGUACAAGUCUAAACAUCUAAUUAAAACAGAGAAAGAAACCAUCAUCAAUAAAACAGCAGUACAGGAACUUUUGUACCAAAAGUUAAUACUCUUGUGUUUCUCCAACUAUUUUGUAAAACUUUAGAACAUCUGCCUAAUAACUGAGUUCCAUUUUUCAAAUCAGCUAUCAUUCCAUAUCAUUCCUUGCAGCUUGAAAUGAUAUGUAAGUUUGUGGCUGAGAGUUGAGAGGGACAGAGGGGGAGAAAAAGCCAUUCUCUAUGUGUUUCCACAUAUGUAUAGCAACAACAACAGCCUCCAGAAAAAGCAGCAAGUCCUUCUCCAUAACUACAGAAAAAUGACCUUUCACCUCUCCUUUUCUGCUUACCCUAAACUUCAACAAGGCCAGUGCUCUAUGGGAGGCAGGUUCUAGAUCUCUGUAAAUGUAAGAAAAAGUUAAGGUAAUCUCCAGAUACAGGGCUUGGAAUUUCUAUUCAGAAUUUUUAAAAUUCAUCAAGCACUGCAAUAACUGUAUCUGCUAAAAUAUACGGAGAUUCAAUAAAGUCA